UAUUGAAACGAGUAAGCAGUAGUAGGGAAGCUAUAGCAAUGAUGAUCCUGCACUGCAAACCUUCCUCACCGAUCUCUGUUAACAUAUUAGAAUCCUCACCUCCUCAAAGAAGAAGACCAACAACUAUUAGAUGUUCUGCCAAAAUACAGAAGAGUAUCCUCAAUUCGUCGACAGAUCCUGGCUUCUCUAAGUUCAGCUUAUGUCCCUGCGGUAGAAAGCAUUUCCUAGGAGAACCUACGACCACCACGACUCCGUUUCUUCCCAUCUCUCCCUCUCAUGCUUCUCAAUCUAGCUCAUCGGAGGUCUUGAACAAAUUGCGUCCUCCAAAGCCAGAUUGGUAUUUCGAGCUCUAUGGAUGGUUUAGGAGUUCAGGAAUGGAAAGAUACGAGAAAGAGAUUGCGGGUUACAAGAAGAAACUAUUUAGUCAGGUGGGAAACGCUGAAAAGGUUUUGGAGAUUGGUAUCGGAGCUGGUCCUAAUAUCAAGUACUACAACUCCCUCCCGAACGUCUCUAUUCUUGGUGUAGAUCCUAACCCUAAAAUGGAAAGCUACGCGCGAAAAGCCGCUAUUGAAGCAGGAUUGAAAUCCGAAGACUUCAAGUUCAUACACGGGGUCGCUGAAUGUAUACCAUUAGAAGAUGCAUCAGUUGAUGCAGUUGUUACAAGUCUUGUCAUGUGUUCUGUCACAGAUGUCACUCAAACACUCAAUGAGAUAAAGCGGAUUCUAAAACCCGGAGGGCGUUACCUCUUUGUAGAACAUGUUGCAGCUGAAGAUGGAUCAUUCUUGAGGAUGGUGCAGAAUGUGUUGGAUCCAGUGCAACAAGUUGUUGCCGAUGGAUGUCAUCUAACAAGACCAACAGGAGAAUCACUUUUAAAAGCAGAGUUCCCUGGUGGUGUAGAUAUCAACAAGGCUUCUCUUACUAGCUUCUUUCACUUAAGCCCUCAUAUCUACGGAGUUGCGUAUAAUUAAUGAUCAUUAAUUUGCAACGCUCUGUUUCAAGAAUAAUAAAUAUAGUCUCGUUUGUGUUUUGAAUAAAUGAGUCAAACUUGAUUAAGUUCAAGUAGACAGACUAAGUUCCAGUUUAAUAAGGCUCCAACCGUUUCGUUUGAGUCUUGUUUCCCAUGUAUAAACCGUUUGCUUUGAAGUAAGAUUUGUGUUUUGUUCUCUACGGUUCA